AUGUACUAUGAAGGAUAAUGGAAAAAUGGAAUGAGAUAAGGAAGAGGUAAAUAACAUUGGGCUGAUGGUUCUAUUUAUGAAGGUUAUUUCAUGUCAGAUAUGGCCAAUGGAAAAGGUAGAUUAAUUCAUGCUGAUGGAGAUGUAUACAUUGAAGAAUGGUUUAAUGAUAAAGCUCAUGGAAAAGGAACUUAUUAUCAUAAAGAUGGAGCUUCAUAUGUAGGUGAAUGGCAAGAAGAUAAAUAACAUGGUUUUGGAAUUGAAAAAUGGAUUGAUGGAGCUAUGUAUGAAGGUGAUUAUGAUAUGGGAUUAAAACAUGGAAUUGGAACAUUUACAUAGAGUGACAGUAGUACUUACACUGGAGAGUUUGCAUUUAAUAAUAUUCAUGGUAAAGGAGUCUAUAAAUGGGCUGAUUCUAGAGAAUAUACAGGAGAUUGGAAAGAUAAUAAAAUGGAUGGAAAUGGUAUUUUUACAUGGAAAGAUUGAAGGAAAUAUAAAGGAUAAUACUUUGAUGAUAAAAAACAUGGUUUUGGAGAAUUCUUCUGGCCAGAUGGAAGAAUGUAUAAAGGUUUUUGGAAAGAUGGAUAAUAACAUGGUUAAGGUCUUUAUAGAGGAAGCAAUGGAAUUGAAAGAGUAGGAGAAUGGGAAGAUGGAAAAAAAUUAAGAUGGGUAGAUGAAUGA